AUGAAUGACAGCGUGAGCGAGAAACCGCCGAGCAUCUUCAUGCGCGAUGACGCACGUAACAGCAGCAAUGGCCAGCGGCCCUCGGGAAUUUUCCGCUUUGGAAAGGCAAUCGCAUCGGCCUUUAACCCAUUCGGCGCCUGGGGAUCAAAGGCCGGACCGGCAGACGGAGGUGCCAAACAGCCGGGUGACCCUUUGAGUCAGGCGGAGAGGGCAUAUGCGGAGCUGAAGAAGUCUGGCUACAAGGGGACCGUCAAGGGAAGCUACUUACAAAAUCUGAAUGCAGAGUCCAACACGCCCCAACGGUCGUGGAACCCGAUUCCCGAGCAGAUGGAAUAUAGGCCCGUUGGGAUUCAUUCGCGCCAGAAUUCGGGCGAGCUCACGGAAUCAGGCAACUCCCUCCGGUCGUCAAUCCAAGAAUUGCGGAAAGCUAAGUCAUCUUUGGGGAUACCCCUGGUGAGACGGCAAGAUUCAAAUAAAUUCCCGGAAGAGCUGGAGGGAUCUGCAGUGCGACGGCAGAAGUCACGCAAGGAGCUUCAACGGCAAGCCAAACUGAUGAAGCGAGUCAGUGAUCUUGAGAUCAAGCUGGAACGGGCCCGACGAGAGUUGCGCGAAUUAGUGGGUGAGGAGCAGGAGGUGCUGGCACCGAUCCCCUUACCAGAGAUUACCUACCCCAGAAAAUUCGUCCCCGGGGCGCUCCCCUCGCUUCCUUCAGAGCGGCUGUUGCAUCAAGCAGCAGCAACAGUAUCGCCUACGUCCCCAAGGACUGCAUCAGCCCCCGUGGCGUCCCUGGCAGACAACGCCCAGCGACGCCCCGAAAACCCGCCCAGCAGCGGUCCGCACGAACUCGCCGGGACACCACAUCUUACCCCGAGGACCCCUAAGGAACGUCAAGGACGAAGCUCCCUAAGUGCAGACAGUCCGUCCCUCAAGCGUAAAUCCCCAGACCCGGAGUCUCUAAAGACUUCUCAACAGAAAGACCAAAAGCACUCAACCACACCGGGUGCCGACAAGCCCUCCGAAUCCGAGGAAGCCACAACUCCUCGCCGAGCCAAGCUCCCCAAAAUGCUCACCAGCGACAGCCCCGGCUCCGUCGAGCGCAAGCAAUCCAAAGACAUAUCGACAACCGCCUACUCCUCCGGCGAAGAGCGCGGUCGACGCCGCUCCCAACCCCUCCGAUCCGCAAGCACCCGCUCUCCCUCCGCGCGCCGUCGAGCCUCCAACUCGCGCAACCGGAUCCAACCUAGCCUCCGCAUGAAAAAGGCCCGUUCUGACCUCCGUUCGGCGAGUGCCAGCGAACCACCCCAAGACGACAAAGAGAACCAUGACUACCACCAAAGCGACCCGAUCCAUAACCUUCAGCAAGACGGUUCUCAAGGAGUAGUCGAACCGGAAAUGAAGAACGAGACAGUCGAGAGUCCUCACUCUUCUUCUUCCUCUCCUUCAUCCCCGAGUAAAAAGAAGCCUGCCCGAUAUGAAUAUAUCCCUCCUGUGCCGCCCCUCCCUAAAGAUCUCUCUGCUACGGCCGCGAAGGUCGACAGACGGAUUGCCAAGGAGAUGGGGAAGAAGCGCGAGGCGCGGGAUAAGGCUCGGGCGUUGGCGGGAGGGAAAGCAGAGGAUGGGGAGAAGAGGGGGAGUUUUCAAUGGCCGGAGGAUUUCUUUUGA